AUGGAGGUCUUUUUGGCUCGCCUGACGCAGCAGGCGAUGAACUAUGCCAUUCGCUCGGGCAUUGCAAUUACUGCGACCUAUGCAAUGCGCCAAUCAUCGCGCUUACUCAAGACUGUUGACGGCAAGGACGGCGAGGAACUAUUAGCUUUGCAGCAACGUCUUGAGAGCAAGAUUCAGGUCAUCUCUCCUUCAAUUGACAUGAUUGAGCUGAUAGCCGCUCGGGGAAAUACUUCACUUGAAUCUGCGGUCGCCCUCACUAAAUCUCUAAGAUGGGAUAUCCAGGCCCUCGGUCAACGGUUGGCAAAGGCCGCUGCUUCAGAAGAAGCCAUGAGAAAAGGACCCAAGUCAUCACAAGAGCGUCCAAGCAACGAGGCUGAGAUCAAAUUCAUCAUCAAAGACAUCAAGAACCUACUUGCCCGGAUUGAGGACGCAGUUCCUCUCAUGAAUCUGGCUAUCACCACAUCCGGUGCUAAAUUGUCAACAAAUCUGCCGUCGACAGUGUCGCCAUCACGACUUUUGCAGGCUAGCACCUUCUUGACAGCAGGAGACACUCAAUAUUCCAUGUCACAAUCCGUCGAAUCUCAAGCGGUGCAGAUAGGACCAACAUUUACGCUGUCAAUGUACAUGCUCUUUGCCAGCCAUCUUCGUCCCCAUGAUGAGGAAUUCAUCCGAGAAGCGACAUGGAAAGAGGUCAUGCACAAGGCACGACUGAAGCUGCGCCGCGUUCCUAUGAGCCUCUACUACUCCGACGACCAAUCCAAGUCCUCACAAUUUCCAGCACGACCAGGUAUCGAUGAAUAUGCUUAUCAAGUCAUGAUCAUCGAGGAUCUUGAUGAUGGGAGAGUUCACACAUUUGAAGAGAACGAACCUCAGCCUCAUAGCUAUGACGGGGUUACUACAGCUGGAGUAAGAGAGAUUCUUCCAAUUCAUCAAAUUUCCAAAAUAUUCUACGCCGACACGGGCAGAAUUCUCAAUAUCAGCACUGAGGGGGAAACCAACAAUCCCGUCCUACUCCUCAAGAGAGACUUGAAUGCAUUGCCUCCUCGCCGCAUGAUGGAGCACAAUGAUGUCGAUGAUACUUAUUCUCAAGAAGGAGAAGAUCAAGACUCGGUCGAUGAGGAGCAAGCGCAGCUCGAUGCCCAGCUGAGUGGAAGCAGUUCGUCGAAUCAAACCAACUUACAUUCUCUGCAUGAAGACUCCAUCCCCGAAGAAUGGCGGUUACCUCCAGGCUUGGACCCGGAGUGGAUCGCAUUCGAAGUUUACAAUGAGGAAGAAGAUUCAGACACCGAGUCUGAAGUAGAGCCAGCAGCAGAAACCUCUAUUGACCCUAACAUGAUGGCUAAGCUGUCAUUAAAGGACAGAAAGAACUCACCUUCCCCAUCCCCAUCACCAGUCGGUCGCCAUUAUGUCUCGCAAGGCUCGGCGCCCACACAACCCGCCGCGACCACGACCACAGUUUCAAAUCCAUUGUUCGAACACAUCCGCACAUCACUUUCGCUACUGGAAACCCUCCUCCGUCUGACCUCCCUUCAACAAUUCCAACAACAGUCACACCUUUCAAUUAGUGAUGAGCUCCUUAACUUCUUCCUCGAAGAGUCGUCUUCCACCGGUGCCGGUGGCGACGAGCAACAUCGCCAGCGUCUCCGGUCCGAAGCACGUCGCCGCGUCGGGUGGGAUCCAUAUGACGAGAGUCCGGUCAAACACCGCGGGGAGGACUACCAAUACGGCUGGGGACCUGGAAGUCCCUCCACCCUCCCACGCGACGGCGAUGAUCUCUACUCACCUGGGGGUGGAUCUCGAGGAUUCCAAAUUCGCUCCCGCGAAAACACUCCCGAGACGCCUCAGCGAAGAGGCUCGCCCAGUGUGCGCCCAAGUGGGCUGAGGGACAUGACUCCUGCCUAUUCAGAUGACGGUAACUGGAGGCAAAGCUCGCCUUUGGGGAGGAAGGCUAGUCGCGCCCCCAAGGGUUAG